AUGGAAUCCACUCCCCCGUUUAGAAUGCCGAAACGGGAGCUUCCAGCGAAGCUCAAAGUUAAGGAGCCCGAUGGAUAUCUCUCGGUAUUGGCUGGUGGUAAGAGCCCGAUACCAAUGCCUUCCAUCCCGGCAUGGAUGCUAAACACUCCCAUGUAUAGCAAGCUCCCGAUGAUACCUGCUCCCAAGGGGAAAAUAACACUGUACACAACUGGACUUGGAGAAAAGCUAUACCGAAGUCCGAGUGAUCUUGACUUUGACCCGAGUGCAGAGGGUCUGAACAGUCAGGGUUUGAACAGCCAGUAUAGAUGCCUUCAUGAUCCUCAUCUCAAGACUCAUUACAACCAAUCAGCAUCCUUCAAAGAUUUGGUGAAGAAAAAGUUCAUCACCCCAGAAGGAAAGGUUGUUUGUACCCUCAAAGAGUUCAACGAGUACCACCAAUACCUGAAACGUAUUCAUAUCGAGAAACUUGCACAUGGCCGAAAAAGAACCACCGAGAGGCAACGCCGAGACCGCGAACGCCAACGUCAAGAAUGGAGCAACAAAGAAGAACUCAGCCCACAUGACAAACAUCUUAUUGAUGUACAGAUGAGACGGAGAAAACUGCUCAAGGAGCAGCAUCAAAGUUUAACGCAGCGACUUGAGGCAGACGCCGUUAAACAUCUACGCCUACUGAAGGAGGUGCAAGCAAAGCAUUGCAUUGAAGAGGCAAGGAGUAAACUAGAGAAAGAGAAGAAACGAAGUAAGAAGAUCAGAAUGGAAAUGGAGGAAAUUAUUAAGCGGGCCAAGAAACGAAAGAAGCAAACCGAAGAUGAACGCAAACAUGCCGAACUUCUUAAAUGCUACAGGAUGGGGUUAAAAGACAACCGACAACUAAAGUUGGAGGACCAAUGGAACAGGCACAAACGCAUCCGGGACAAGCGUCUUGUUGAUGACUCGAGGAGGAAGAAACAAGAACAAGCCGAAAUCGAAGAAAACAUCAGGACCAGGCAGGAGAUAGUGGCCGAUCAGAGAUCAAGACAGCUUUCCACAUUUGAGAACAUCCGGGACACACGAGCGUCACAUCUGCAGCAGCAAGAGGUCAAGAUACGAGCUCGACUGGAGAAGAAGCUCAAGAUAGUGCGCAACCUUCUUGAACAGCGUCGAAGGAGACAGACAGGUGGUCGUAGACGAAGACAUCAUGCACGUCACGGCCUAGGAGGUCCACGUCACUACAGCGCAUGGGCAGUAGACUACGCGCUGGAACGAAUAAAGCUCUCUCCAGCCGAUGGAGUCUGGAAGUUUGACGAGAGUUUGCUUCUUAUGAAUGCUCAAACGACGUCACCGGUUACUUCUGUUUCCAUCGAGCCGUCUCUGGACGCUGAAACAAAGGAACCUUCUCAUAUCAUCAUCAGUGGAAGCCAAGACAUCAUAGAGGAAGUUGACGAAGACGACCUCGAUCCCGAAAUAACAGAAGAACAAGCCUUUUCACUUUCGUCCCUGGAGCUGGCUGUUUUAUUUGGAGACCACUACGACUCCUUCAUUGCCUCUUCAAGAGAUCUAAUCGGAAACGUCUUCCAGGCUCUCGAAGCUGAGCGGUUCUCUAGUGAUAGCAUACAACCUGAGCCCAGAGCUGCUGAGUCGGAAGUUCGUCCGCCAGAGGUCAAACUUCCAGAGGUCAUGCGGCAGAAGAGCGUCCUGCAUCUGGCCAACAGCAGAGUGGCACGGCUGGUAGUUUCAACGAUUCUGAAUAGAGCUAAGGAACAGAUUGAUGCAGAAGGGGGACUCCCUCCACUCCCAGGAUCAACAGCGACUGCGUCUGACUCAAUGCUGCCUUCAGCUACUGAGAUAUCCCCCGUUGGAAGGCUGAUCAGCCUACCAGAGAUGCACCCCGCGAGCCCCAUUGCCAAGAGUGAAGUUAUAUCUGAUGGAUCUCUCCCGACAUGGGGAAAGGAGAAAUCCUCGUCGCAUACCAGUAGCAGUCUCCUUGCAAGGGCUGUGGUCUCUGAUGCGCUACGGAACGCCGUACAAGGGCUUGAAGAGGAGACUCAUCAAUCAGAUACGAGUAUUCUUGCCGAGGAGGUAGUCUGGGACGCCAUUAGAUGCGUCACCAGCCAGCUACACCACGAGCUGUCACAGUCAGGUACAAGUGUCAUCGCAGAGAGGGUAGUAUCUGAUGCGAUGAGAGAAGCUGCCCAACAGCUUCGAGCGGAGAGACCAAUGCAUUCCAGUACCAGCUUGCUCGCCGAGGACCUGGCAUUCACGGCGAUAAAGAACGCGACACAACAGCUACGAAUGCUCCUUCCACAGUCGAGUUCAAGCAUCAUCGCAGAGGCUGUGGCAGCAGAUGCUAUCAAGAAUGUAAUGAGAGAGCUCGGAGCAGACCCUCUCAAAUCAAGCAGUAGUAUCAUAGCGCAGACUUUUGCAUCAGACGCUUUGAAAAACGCAACGAGGCGGCUUGAAGCAGAGCAGACUCUUCAAGCACUUUACCCUAAACUCCACACCAGUAGUAGUCUAUUAGCCCAGGCUGUCGCAAACAAUACUGUCCAGAAAGUUACCAGGCAACUCCAACAGGAGAAUCGAGCACUUCAGCCACACACAGACAGCAGUCUAAUGGCAGAGUCUGCAGCAAAUGACGCCCUGGCAAAUGCCAUGAGACACCUUGGAAGAAGGCUACCAUCUCCCGUGACUGACAGCAGCUUACUCGCACAGGCCGUCACCCGUGACACCAUGCAGAAUGCCAUCGUUCAACUCCAGGCUGAGAAAAGACUACACACACCCAAGACGUGUAGCAGCAUACUUGCGCAUGAUGUUAUCAUUAAUACCCUACAGAAUGCCGUCACACAGAUUGCUGGUGAAGAGGCAACACAGCCACUUAAAGCAAGUAGCAGUCCGUCACCUGAAGACAUCGCAGAUGAUGCUCUCAAGACGGCCAAAGAGCAACUGCGGACCGAACAGAGAGCCAGCAGCAGGAGCAAAUCUCGUGGUUCUCGCUCUUCGAGCCCGUUCUCUCCCGAACCUGCCCGGAGCGCGAUGAACCAAACGUCCCCACAGCCAGCGCAGCAGAGUUUCAAGGCAAGAGCUGUUGUCUCGGAUAUAAUUAAGAGGACCGCCACUGACACGGACUCCCCAUCGCCAACAGAGGGCGGGCUUCAGACACCCCCUCCUUCACCAGCAGGUCAGCAGUCGAAAGAUUCAACGGUUGAUACGGAAGACAAUACUGGAAGUGGACCCAGAAGAGAGGAAUCAGGUAGUGAUGUACAGGCUCAGACAGUGGUCAAGCUAGUAUUCAGUAGUGUUCUCGCUUAUCUAAGCCAAGCAAAGGAGUACCCACGCGACGAAGCAAUGAUCCUAUUGAGCCAGAGCGAAGGAAAAGUUCACGACGGUCACGAUGUGCAUGUUCACCGAAGCAGCAUUCUUUUGGCCACCGUGAAUGAUGUGUUUAGAGAGAGUGAAGAGGACCUUGAGCAUGACCACGUCGAAGGCAGCGAGAGCGAGGAGAGCGACAUGGACGAGGACGACGACGAACAGGAUCAGAUCAUCGGUCUAGUCGAGAACGAGAUCAUAGCCGAGGAAGAGAGCGUCCAUUCCCUGGCCGAAUGCCUGGAGGGUCUGCCGGUCGAGGGGUUGACAUCGGUGGUCAAGAAGAACCAGGAGAAGAUGAUCUUCGAAGGGGCCGUCAUUCCCCGAGAAGGAGUCCACGACGAAUCCGUGACGGAGAAGGUACUGUCGAUGGAAGAGCUCCACCCAGACGAAUCGGGACAUCAUCUCGUUCACGACAUAAGUAAUAAGUCUCUCCACAAGGUCGCUGAGAGUGGGGAGUACUCCGAAGAUGGUAGUCGAGAAGCCAAGAGCCACCACUUUAGCAGCAUCGUCCCGAUCUACCACAGCCAUCCUCUGAAUCUGGACGAGGAGAUCAUCUCACAUAAUCUCUCUGCCAUCUCAAUGAAACCUGACAGCCACAGGAAGGUGCCUUCAGCCUACUCGGCUAACAGCCGGAACUCCUUCCGGAAUGUGUUCCGACCUGACAUGACAUUCUGUCAGGGCUCUGCGAAGUGUCUCAAGGAUACCCUGGUGCAGGAGCUGACUCAUCCACACCACGAGGACCAUGAUCAUAUCUACGGUGUCCUCGAUCAGCCAAAUGUGGAUAUCACAGAACAUCACUCAGAUGAAGAAUUCAUGGGGGUCGAAGAAUCCGGAGGAGUGUGUUAUUUACCUAAAAGGAAAGCCUAUAAGGUCCACGAAGUUGUAGACGACGUGGUGACCGAGGAACAAGAAGAUGAACAGAGGGUCACUGCAAGAGCAGGCGAGGAGGCCAGUCAACCUAGUGCACCCCAAGACCACAAGGUUGCAGGAGGAGAUUGCACCUCACCCCAUGAAGACGAAGUUGAGCCCACCGUGCCAGUGUCUCGAAUAAGCACUAGAUCAAUACGCAGUGGUAAAUCAAGAGAUAGUCCGUGUCUUAGGAGCGAAUCUGAAUCCAGAGGUAGUCCAGCAGAGAUGGUCUCCAACUCUGAAACCAAGACUUCUGACGGCAGGAAGCCAUCCGAGAAGGCGAGCCAUUCCAGGAGUAUGAUUGGGGCUGUUAUAAGCCGCAUUAGUAGCAUUUUUGGCAGGAAGACUUCUAAAAUACACACUGAGUCGAAGACAAAGGCACUUUCUACUGGGGCGAGCAGCAGCAGCAGCACCCAUUCCCAAGAUCCUUUGAUGAGCAGUGCUCCGAAGACAGAAGGUAGUAAACCUGGUGACAGCCUCCACAUCACGGAUGUCUCUGCCCGAGACCUCAUCAACAAUAAUCAAGUCAAUGUUCCUAUCUUGGAAAGCACUACGGCUACCGAUGACACAACAGCUGGUGUACCAGACACCAACGGGGAUGGAGAAAACCCGAACAUAUCCAAGCAACAAGCAGAAAAUACAGAUGAGACAAACCUACAAACCACCGAUGACAAGAGUGAGAUGCCUGAACAGGAAGUCGAACAAGAAGUGACCGAUCCCGCACAACCAGACGCACAACAGGUCAACCCACCUUUGGAUGGUGGACCCACUCUUUCAGACAAAGUAGACGAAGCACCAGUCACUCUGCUUACUGCAGACGAUAAUACUACCAAGAAACAAGUCAAUUCGAAAGUGAACAUAGAAUCCACUUCAGACGAAAAUAACCAGGACACCAAAGAGCCGGGAAAAACCAAAAGCAAGACUCUGCCAAGGAUGGACGACGAGUCGGGGAAACCGAAAGCAUUCAAGGCCAAGGUCAAAUCGAGUUUGACUCGACACAAAAGCAGCUUCGAAAAGAGGCAGCUUGGCAAGAAGAAAAAGUCAAAGUCUGGCCCAUGCGUUAAACGGACCACAUCCAGUAAAAGUGCAAAAUCAAGGCCGUUUUUGUCAAUGACACGGAAUCUUUCGAGAUCGUCAACUAAAUCGUCAUCGCCUCUUGGUUAUCAUCGUCAGAAAAGCCCGAGAAAAUCACCGAUUUCUCCCCGACCAAAGGAAUGGAUUUCCACGAAACCGUCAGACAGACAACCUCAAAGCAGCGGCAGUAACAAAACGACUGGCCACGCUAAAAUACCGUCCACGACAAAGCCAACAUCUCACACAUCUGAUACUGAAACGAAACAGCCGUCAGCUGAUGCAAGAAAACAGUCGUCGGAUCAUGAGUCCUCUCAGCCAAUAAUAAAGCAGCAUUCAGAGUCAUCCGCACCUAUCAUAACGAAGCGAGGCUCCCAGGUUAGCAACCCCCCGUCGACAGGGUCGGUCCGCCUGAUCAAAGUAAUCCCGGCCCCGUCGAUGUCCAGCCGAUCAAGAGACAACUCGACGGGGUCUUUAAAGAAAAUAUCAGGCCACAAUUCAGGAGGAUCUGUUCGACUUAUCAAAGUAUCACCUGCUGCCUCGACGGCAAUCGGACCACGUAGAACGCCUCGACAGUCCCCUGGGUCAAGUGCUAAGACUUCUCCUGCACCAUCACCUCGUGCAUCAUCGAGACCACCAUCUGGAGGAAGUAUUAGCAGGAAAGAGAAGGCUGUCAACUCAGAAUUAACCUCCUACCAGAAGCUAGAGGAAGCUCGUCAGUCGCCAGGUAACCACCAAGCUGUUGAGAAAGAGCCUUCUGCUGGGUCAUUUGUUGUAACCAAUACUCCUACAGAGAUUCCAAAUGAUGUUUCUGGCGUGCCAUCUGGUUACAUUGAGGUUUCAGCAGUUAUCGGCGUAGCAUCUGACUUGAUAGAUCAACCUGUCGAGCAGGAUCAAGUCGAAGCGAUCCAAGUAAGUCGACCUUACGAUGAAAGUGGUUUCAAUAAAGCACAAAUUCCCGAUGAGGAACAUAAUCCAACUAAUGAACCAACAGAAGUUCAGACAGAAGCUCGUGUCGAAAAUCAGGGCCAGGAUUUACCAGGAGUCAUACAAGGAAACGAAGACACCAGCGGGCCGGCUUCUGUCGACGAACAGGCACCACCUCAUUCCGGCCAGACCAUAGAAGGCAGACACCAAGCAGACGACGAGGUCCCCGAGGCUGCAGUCGCUGCCCACCGAUCAAAGAGCGUCAUAACCGCAGUUAUUGACCGGCUUAGCAGGAUGUUCUCCGGACAAUCUCAGGGGAGUCGAACCACAGACAAGGGAAAUCGCCUCCACAGCGAAACAACGAUGAGUGCAGCCGUGAAAUCAGACCAUGUUAUACGUCAAGAGGAAGGUGGGCUGCACCAGAGUCAGUCAACUGGCACGCAGGCUUUGUCAACUGAGCCCGUACUGAGUGGAAAAAAGAAACGGAAGCACAAAAAUAAAGGGCAGAAAGGAGCUAACUCAAGAGAGGGCGGUAGCAAGACCAAUGCUCAUGUCGGUGGAUCCCACUUGUCAGUGCCGCCUAACUCUUCGGCCUCUGACGCAACGUCCACUGCCAAUGUUACACCUGCAACCACGGCCCAAAUCUCGACCGUAAAUUCAACGAACCUACCCCCGGUUGAGGCCGUCGAAACAACGGUCCAGCCCUCCGCUGAAGGCGAGGUGAUUUCACCCCAAAAUGUUCCAGACGAUACGUCUAAGGGACAAUAG